GCCGUUAAUUUCAAUGUCAGAUACUGUAUCUGAAUCUGAUCUCACACUCCACUUUAAAAUAAUCAGCUAAAAAAAAAAAAACAGAACACAUAAGGUUAGGUGGCCACGUUUGUUCAUCUCUUAUAUCUCAGCUUACGUUUGAUCUCACCGACCUACCUGUGUUUCAUCAAUGGCGACUCUCUGCUUCCAAUCUCCCUCCAAACCCAUCUCCUACUUCCACCCCAAAUCCAAACCCUCUCCGCCCCUUUCCACCAAAGUCUCCCUCUUUCGAUGCAGAGCCUCCGUACAAACCAUCGUCGCUGUCGAACCGGAGCCCGUCUUCACCUCCGUCAAGACUUUCGCCCCCGCCACCGUCGCUAACUUAGGACCCGGCUUCGACUUCCUAGGCUGCGCCGUCGACGGCCUCGGCGACCACGUGACUCUCCGCGUCGACCCCUCCGUCCGCGCCGGCGAGGUUUUGAUCUCCGAGAUCACCGGAACCACGACCAAGCUCAGCACGAACCCUCUCCGGAACUGCGCCGGCAUCGCCGCCAUCGCGACGAUGAAGAUGCUGGGGAUCAGAUCGGUCGGGCUGUCGCUGGAUUUGCACAAGGGCCUCCCUUUAGGCAGCGGUUUGGGCUCGAGCGCCGCGAGCGCCGCGGCGGCGGCGGUGGCGGUUAACGAGAUCUUCGGCCGGAAGCUAGGGAAGGGAGAGUUGGUUCUAGCCGGGUUGGAGUCGGAAGCGAAAGUCUCCGGUUAUCACGCCGACAACAUCGCGCCGGCGAUCAUGGGCGGUUUCGUCCUGAUUAGGAGCUACGAGCCGCUUGAUCUGAAGCCGUUGAGGUUCCCGGAGGAUAAAGAGCUUUUCUUUGUCCUGGUGAGCCCCGAGUUCGAGGCUCCGACCAAGAAGAUGAGAGCCGCGUUGCCUACCGAGAUUCCCAUGGUUCACCACGUCUGGAACAGUAGCCAGGCGGCGGCUUUGGUCGCGGCGGUGCUGGAAGGGGACGCGGCGAUGCUCGGGAAGGCUUUGUCGUCGGAUAAAGUCGUGGAGCCGACGAGGGCUCCGUUGAUUCCCGGGAUGGAGGCUGUGAAGAAGGCGGCUUUGGAAGCGGGGGCGUUUGGAUGUACGAUCAGUGGGGCUGGACCGACGGCUGUGGCCGUGGUUGAUGCGGCGGAGAAAGGGGAGGAGAUCGGUGAGAGGAUGGUGGAGGCGUUUAUGAGAGGUGGGAACUUGAAAGCUGUUGCUUGUGUGAAGAAGCUUGAUAAGAUUGGUGCUAGGCUUGUCAGUAGCAUCUCCAGGUGAUUUGAGACUAAUGUUUUUGAAAAAUUUCAUGGGAUUUGGAAUAGUUCUUCUUCCUAUGUAAGUUACAGAUGAUAAUAAAGAUGCCAACUUUAGACUUUGUAUCCCACAAAGAUUCAUGGGACAAUGUUCUCUGACAUUGUGGGCUUGAUGGGAGUUUUGAUUGGAUGUUCAGUGGUGUAGGGGUAUGUGAUUUCAAAUAAUACUGUUGUAGCUCUCAUGUGUUUCGACUGAAUUGAUGUAUGAGAAUAGUUAAGACCUGUUUGCAAAGCA